AUGAGGCCCCCACCCUCACGGAGCUUACCCUCCCCAGGCUUCUGCCGGCAGUUCUCCACACAAGAGCAGACCCCCCAGAUCUGCGUGGUGGGUAGUGGCCCGGCUGGCUUCUACACGGCCCAACACCUGCUAAAGCACCACAGCCAGGCACGUGUGGACAUCUAUGAGAAGCAGCUGGUGCCCUUUGGCCUAGUGCGCUUUGGCGUGGCCCCUGACCACCCCGAGGUGAAGAACGUCAUCAACACCUUUACGCAGACGGCCCGCUCUGACCGCUGUGCCUUCCGGGGCAACGUGGUGGUGGGCGGGGACGUGACGGUGCCGGAGCUGCGGGAGGCCUACCAUGCCGUGGUGCUGAGUUAUGGGGCAGAGGACCAUCGGGCCCUGGGAAUUCCUGGCGAGGAGCUGCCUGGCGUGCUCCCAGCUCGGGCCUUUGUGGGCUGGUACAAUGGGCUUCCUGAGAACCGCGAGCUGGCCCCGGACCUGAGCUGUGACACAGCUGUGAUUCUGGGGCAGGGCAACGUGGCUCUGGACGUGGCUCGGAUCCUGCUGACACCACCUGAGCACCUGGAGAAAACAGACAUUACGGCAGCCUCCCUGGGGGUACUGAGGCAGAGUCAGGUGAAGACGGUGUGGAUAGUGGGCCGGCGUGGACCCCUACAAGUGGCCUUCACCAUCAAGGAGCUGCGGGAGAUGAUCCAGCUGCCUGGCACCCGGCCCCUUUUGGAUCCUGCAGAUUUCUUAGGCCUCCAGGAGAGAAUCAAGGAGGCCCCCCGGCCGAGGAGGCGGCUGACGGAACUGCUCCUCCAAACGGCCGAGAAGCCGGGCCUGGAGGAGGCUGCCCGCCAGGCAUCGGCCUCCCGUGCCUGGGGCCUGCGCUUUUUCCGAAGCCCUCAACAGGUGCUGUCCUCACCAGAUGGGCAGCGGACAGCAGGCAUCCGCCUGGCAGUCACCAAGCUGGAGGGUGUCGGCGAGGCUACCCGGGCAGUGCCCACGGGAGAUGUAGAAGACCUGCCUUGUGGGCUGGUGUUGAGCAGCGUGGGGUACAAGAGCCGCCCCAUCGACCCCAGUGUGCCCUUUGACCCCAAACUUGGGGUCAUCCCCAAUAUAGAGGGCCGAGUUAUGGAUGUGCCAGGUCUCUACUGCAGUGGCUGGGUGAAGCGGGGGCCCACGGGUGUCAUCGGCACAACCAUGAACGACAGCUUCCUUACUGGCCAGGCACUGCUGCAGGACCUUCAGCGGGGGCUGCUGCCCACGGGCCCCAGGCCCGGCUACUCAGCCAUUGAGGCUCUGCUCAGCAGUAGAGGGGUCCAGCCCGUCUCUUUCUCAGACUGGGAGAAGCUGGAUGCUGAAGAGGUGUCCCGGGGCCAGGGCAGUGGGAAGCCCCGGGAGAAGCUGGUGGACCCUCAGGAGAUGCUCCGGCUGUUGGGGCGCUGA